AUGAAGUAUGGAAGAAAAAUAAUUCAGUUGUUAUUACUUUUAUUGUUUCUAUGGGCUUUGCACAGAUGGUAUCAUUUCAGCACAAAGAAACUACAGCAGAUAUACCAGUGCCGGUCUGUGGAUACUCAGUCAAAAGAAUUAAAACUAUCAGACUGGUUUUCUCCCAGUGAAUCCAUGAACCUGACUACCACCAACUGGUCAGCUCCAGUUGUGUGGGAUGGCACUUUUGAUAAAGAAAUAUUGGAAAAGUAUUAUGAAAAACAUAAAAUUACUGUGGGAUUGACUGUAUUUGCUGUAGGAAAAUACAUUGACCACUAUUUGAAGAAAUUUAUGUUCUCUGCAGAUAAGUUUUUCAUGGUUGGCCAUAAAGUCAUAAUUUAUGUCCUGAUAGAUGACUUCUCCAGAAUGCCUUGGAUACAGUUGAGUCGCCUCCGUUCGAUCAAAGUGUUUGAAAUCAAGCGAGAGAAGCGAUGGCAAGAUAUCAGUAUGAUGCGCAUGAAGGCUAUCAGUGAACACGUUGAAGACCAUAUCCAAUAUGAAGUUGAUUUUCUCUUCUGCAUGGAUGUGGACCAAGUUUUCAUCAGGAAGUAUGGAUUGGAGACUCUAGGGGAGUCAGUAGCUCAGUUACACGCUUACUGGUACAAGGAAGACCCUACAGGAGUGCCAUAUGAAAGAAGUAAGUUAUCAGAAGCAUAUAUACUUUUUGGUACGGGAGAUUUUUAUUACCAUGCUGCUGUAUUUGGUGGCACGCCCAUUCAAGUUUUCAAUAUUGCCAGGGAGUGCUUAAAAGGAAUCAUGACCGACAAGAAAAAGAGCAUUGAAGCAGUCUGGCAUGAUGAAAGUCACUUAAACAAGUAUUUCUUUCUCCACAAACCCACUAAAGUCUUAUCACCGGAAUAUUGCUGGGCUUUUUCUAACGAUGUUCCUUUUAUUCACAACAUCAAACUCUACUGGGCUAAAAAGGAUUAUAAAAAUCUUAGGGUCACAGUGUAA